AUGGCCUCCAAGGAGAAGCCGGCGCGGCGCGACGGCGAGCGCUGGCUGCUGACGCGCAAGACAUGGCGCUACAUGGCGGACGCCGGCCGACGGCUGAUCCCCGAGGGCUGGGCGCCCGAGCCGGGCCCGGCCUCCUACCAGCCGCUGGAGGAGAACUUCCAGCAGGUGUGCAAGAAGGAGAAGAGCUUCCUGCUGUGGCCGCGCAAGAAGAAGGAGGACGGCGGCGCCGACGAGGCGGACGCGCUGACGUGCUCGUCGGAGCCGCUGACGCCGCUCGGCGCCGGCAGCCUGACCGGCUCCGAGGACGAGGCGACCGUGGUCGAAGACCAGCAGCUGCCGCUGGCGGCGGCGGCGCCCAUGUUCGGCCUGACCGAGGCCGUCGGCGUGCAAACGGACGUGCGGCUGCAGCCGGAGCCGCUGCCGCCCGUCGAGACGGACAGCGGCAAGGGCACCGAGGCAGAGGUCAGCACGCCCGAGACGCCGCUCAGCCCGCUCUCGGUGGUCGACUCGCGCUCCGAGCCGUACAAGUCGACCACGUCCGUCACGUCCGGCGUCGGCGGCGUCGGCGUGUUUGGCGACCUGGCGCCCCACGGCGCCGCGCUGCGCAAGGACUCGAUGACGCAGGCCAGCGGCCCGGCCGAGGCGGACCCGAAAUUGCGGCACGUCCAGGGCGAGGCCGCCAAGGCCGACGGCGACGCGGAGAAGAAGGAAGCCUCCGAGCAGCCGUCGCCCAUGCUGGACCGGUUCGGUGAUAAACUGUCGCGGUACCUGAAGAUGGCUCGUCGAGAUUCGGCCACCCGUGAUAAGGACAAAAAGGACCGCUUCAAAACGGUCAACUAUGAUAAAACGCUGCGAAAUAUCAAGUCGAAGCGGAUCAAUCCGGACACGUUGGAGGACAUGGGGGAGGACGUCAAGCCGCUGGACUUGGAUGACCCCCCGAAGUCGGCCCUGAGCGCUCCGAGCGUCCCACGGCCGGCGGAAACCAAGAAGAAAAAGCGGAGAGGAAUCCAAGUCGGCGAGCCGCUACCUCAGUACAUUCUCGACUCGCUGCGGGGAGCCUUCGCCGGCUUUCGGCCGACGCGAAAGCUCUCGAAGGCCGAGAGCGAGGUGUCGGCGUGCGCGGACGAAAAAUACAGUGACCCGCUCAGUCCGCGAUAUUCCAUAACUGUCAGUGAUGACCUGGGCACCCGCGACCUGACCUUAUCGGACAUCGAGUCGUCCACGAUGGCGCCGUUUAGCGUGUACAGCAGUGCGCGGACUAGCCUAGACGUGACAGGGGAGUACGCGGCGGACGAAUUUUUCGCGUCCCGCCCGCAGGCGGCGGACCAGCCUCCCACGCCCUCCGGCUGGGGUCCGCAGCCCUGCCGGGGAGGCGGCGCCGCGCCGCCGGGACAGGGUUCGGCGGCCGACCUGCGGCAUCCCCUCUCCUCCCCACAGGCCCACACAUCGACCCCCAAGGCCGGCUUUUUCGCGCGCCGGCUGUCCAGUGUGAAGUCGCCGACGGCUCAGUCGCAGCAGUCGCUGCAGCAGCCGGCAGGCUCUAAACGCGGCUUGUUCUCCUCAGUGAUGCAGAAGACUGGCAAGACCGGCAACCAUGGCAGCCGCGUCGUCGCCAAGAAGCUCUGGAAAUCCAGGUCGAAAUCUCAGUCGCGGACCAGCUUGUCUUCAGCGUGCGUUUGGACCCCUCAGGGCACAUGCCAGUGGAUCAACAUCCAGAAUCGGGUGGUCACGCUGUGCGACACCACGCUGCUGCAGCUCACCGAGAUCGAGUCGGCAGCGCUGCAGCAGGUGGCGCUGGAGAAGCUCCACGAUUUCAACCUGGGCUGCACCGUACGCAUUCCGAAAGACUGCAACGUAACUGCGGGGCACAAGCCCAAACGGAGACCGUAUCUACUCAAGAAAAGACCGCUCACCACGGGCUUUUUCGACACGGCUAAACGUGAAGACAAAGGGAACAACAACAACGCCCAGGGCAGGGUGUUCGGCAUCCCGCUCAAGAAGUGCAUGGAGAACGACCGCGAGCGGCGCGAGCGCGGCGCCUCGCCGCUCCGCGAGCGGCUCGAGGAGCCGGCCAGCCUCAGUCGGAAGUCGUCGCACGGCGGCAGUCACGCGUCCUUCUCGUCGCUGAUGGACGCCAUCCGCGACAAGACGAGCGGCUCCUGCGAGUCACUGAACAUGGUGGAGAAGCGUAGCUCGGUGCAGGACAGCAGCCUGUCGCUGGCGUCGGACGGACAGGCCGAGACGGCGCUGCAGCCGCACGUGCCGCAGGUGCCCAGCCUCGUCACCGCCUGCAUCCAGCACAUCGAGGCGUACGGCCUGCAGACGGUGGGCAUCUUCCGCGUCAGCAGCAGCAAGAAGCGCGCACGCCAGCUGCGGGAGGAGUUCGACAGCGGCGCUGACGUCACACUGGGGGAGGAGCUGUGUCCUCACGACGUGGCAACGCUCAUCAAGGAGUACUUCCGCGACCUGCCCGAGCCGCUGCUGCCACACGAUCUCUACCAGCCCUUCCUGGCCACACAGAAGAUCCGGAACCGGCGGCAGCAGUUCGACUGUCUGCAGCACCUGAUCCGCCUGCUGGCCGUGCCCAACCGCGACACGCUCUGGGCGCUACUCAGCUUCCUGAAGAAGGUGGCUGACGGCGCGUGCGACCGGCGCACACCCACCGGCGACUGGCUCACCGGCAACCGCAUGGACAGCAACAACCUGGCCACGCUGUUCGCGCCCAACAUGCUGCACUCGCUGGCCAAGCUCGGCAGCGAGCUCAGUCAGCAGACGGCCGAGCGCAUUGACGUCAUCAACGUCAUCCGCAGCCUCAUCGACCACAACAAAGACCUGUUCGAGGUGCCGGCCGAGCUGCUGCAAGAGGCCUACCAGCUGUUGAUGGAGAAGCAGCCGGAGGCGCUGGACGUGCUGCCUGCGCCGACGGAUGCAGAAUGGCGGCGACGAUGUCGACAUCGAGCAGGACACCAGCAGCUCGGCGGCGCCAGGAGGCCGGCGCCGCGGCGCCUCAGUUCGCCUGAACUCGACGUCAGCGGCGUCAUCACGGCCAGCCUUAGGAUCCCGGCGGCGGCGGGGGCCGGGCGCGCCGCCUCCGCCCUCGCUGGCGGCGGUGCCGCGCCUGUCGAGCGCAUCCCCUACAUCGAGGAGUGUCAAACGGUGUCGGGUCGCGACGACGUGUUCGUGGUGCAGGUGGGCGGCGACGCGCGUCGGCGGUGCGACUCGAGCGGCUCCGAGGCGGCCGACGAGCAGGCCAUCACGGGCUCGCUGAGCAUCCAGCCUCUCAGCAAGUCGGCGUCCGGGAUGGUGGGCGAGCAGGGCUUCGUCAUAACGUCCGGCGGCGGCGAGGUCGGCCGGCCGCAAGUCAAGGUCACCCAGCCGCCAGCUGGUGACGCCAGCGAAGGCAGUCCGGAAGCACCGCCGCCCGCCUCCCCGCGCCGCUGCCGCCCGCGGCCGGCGGACCACGUCACACACGGCCAGCUGGUGCUGCCGUCUAGCGGCGCGGAGGUGGCGCGCUCUAGGACAUCGCCGAACAUCACGCAUUACACGGUGGUGCCCGUGACGGCCAACGUGUUCGAGCUGCAGGCGUGCGAGAGUGACGCGCCGCAGGUCUGGAAGCGGCGGCAGCUGAUCGCCAGCGACACCCAGACUGGCGUGUGA